AUGGACAGCAGCGUCCUUCCCGAUCCCGAUACCCCUUUAUCUUCUUCUGCCUCCGCCGCAACCCUCCGUGACAACCAGCACCAACAACAGAGACCAUCCUCCUCCCAGCGACGCAGCUCCGUUCUCGCCCUCGACCGCUCGCCGCGCACGCCUCCCAGCCCGCGCCCGCGCGAGUGCCCCUUCAAUCGACAGAAUCGGCGCCUACAGCUACGCAAUGCUGGUUUUCGCGGCGGCGUCCUCCUUCCUACCUUUCGACCGGUAAGCCCUCAACUCGCCACCUGGAGAAGCUUUUCCGGGAGCUCAGAGCGCCACGGUAGCCAAGAGGACAGCAGUGUUGUGGACUUCGGAAGUCGACGCCGAUGGAGUGAUGACGUCCAGUCUAGUGCUUCACAGAAGAGAAGAAACAGUAUCCUACAGGAGAUUGGAAAUUCUACCCAACGGCGAGCGUCGCAUUCUCCGCGUCCCCUCCUCUCUACGCUCUUUGAUGAAUUGGAGAAGGAGAAUCUGAUCGUCUCCGAGUCCGUGCCCCGCGCUCCCUUCGAUAACCCUCGGCCAAAGACACCCCUGCUGGAGCCAUUCUCCCCGGACGAAGCCAUGAAACCAAGCCCCCGACCGUCCUCUAAUAGCCCCAACAUCGCCUCCCUAAGAUUUGAUGGCCGACAAAAGCGGCAAACUGCCUCUUCCCGGGUUGUCAGUCGCGGAACAACCCGAUACAUCGAGCAUCUGGAGGCCCAGCUGGCGGCCUCGCUGAGCCGUACCGAUUCCGACGAUCCGUCGGCAUUGAAUAGCUAUGCAUCAAAGUACAAGUCCUUGAGUUCUGAACAUAGAUUAUUGAAGCAGGAGCUUGCAGAGUGGGAGGAACGAUUCGAAGCCCGAAUAAAAGAGGAAAUCGGCGUGAUGGUGGAUCGAGAGUCCCAGUUGCGUUCAAAAGUACGUGCUUUGGAGAGGGAGCUGGAGACUAAGGAUAACAAGAUCCGGGAACUCGAAUGGGAGGCGGAGAUGGACCAUCAGCGGCUGCGAAGCCUAGAAGCUGUUAAUUCAACCAAUCGAAGCCUUGAGAGAAGGGUUGACGUGUUGACGGAGCUGCUUGCGCAGUCGCCAUCAAAGUCAGAACAGGAUGCUAGGACAAACAUCGGACUCGGGUCCAUCCCCCCAGACGACGAACCGGUUCGGCGGACACCUAGACCCAGGUCGAUGUUUUCCAGAAUACCUCUGUCGCCUGUCCGGCGACAGCUCUUCCAACCAUUGGUGGUCCCCGAAUCGGAGUCCAACGAUGCUGAUGGUGGUGUAGUCCGCCACGACGAAGUUCCCGAGCUCGACGUCAGCUAUACAGAGGCAGUGGCAGAGGAAAGGCCAGUCUCCGAACUGGGAUCUCUAGAUUCUGGCUUGGGAGAUUCGUGUUCAGUAGUGUCCACUCGACCAUACGGCUCUCAGAGAUCGUCGACAAUCUCUCACUCGUCCGGUUCCUCAAUGUGCGGAACCUCUUUCCCCUUACCUCUCGACCUUCCACGCCGGCAUCGAAGGAUGCGACGAUUUCCCUCGGGAUCUUGUACAUUGAAGCCGCUGAUACUGCCUGCCACUUCUUCUUUGUUGUCACCAACAAGUCCAAGCUGUCAUUAUGACAGUGUCGAACAUUCCGCGACUCACCUACGUACCUAUUCAGCCAAUGAAUGGCAUAGUCCUUCAAACUUUGUUCAGGUCCAUGAAGACACGCUAGAUGCUCUCGAAGGAAAUACCCAUCAGUAUCAAUCCUUUGAGGAGGCCAUUUCCGGCCACGCGUUGUCCGACGUUUCCGAUGUCCCGUACGAGGAUGACGUUUUUGGUGAUGGACCUGACGCAGAUUGUUUCCCCAACGGACACUUACAUCCACCAGGGCUUUUCCACACGCCCAUUCGCCACCCUCACUCCGACCUCGACCCUUCAAAAAAGCCAUUUGCCCAUAGUGCACACUCUCCCGCGAGCAUGACCGCCCACGGCGGAUCUUCCCGCAAGAAGAGACGCCUCCGGAACCGAGAGUACUCGCCCGGUCCCGAGGUUACGCCACUCAUAGCGAGGCAUUUCAGUGCCCGCAAACCUAGUGCGGAUCUGGAUCUUGCUAUCAACAGCGCCAUCGGCCAUUCUCAUUGGUUCCGUGACAUUAUUUCAGGCUCGAUCGUGCUGGCGAAGCGUAUCCUUUUCAAUUCAUGGCACUCGAAUUGGAAAAAAAUAGGAAGACUUCCCUGGUGGGUUCUCGGGUUAAUUCUGGGUGUGCAAAGGAGAGAUGGAUGGUUUAAACGCUCUGUGCUUGCGCACGCUGCUUGGACGCCGGUGGAUAGUAGUUCAGCAGAAACGAACCCCCUAGGACGUGUUGAUCAUACCCGCGCUGGUACAAACGUGACCACUCAAAGUCCCGCGAGGACAAGACUGUCUGUCCAAGAAUCGAAGAAGCGAUCGAAUACCGAUUCUUCCAACCCAAAUUGUGAUGAGGUUGCUGACACGUCCGUCACCCGGCCUGCGCCCCCCUUCCACCUGUGGGCGAAAUUCUCGCUCGCGAUUGCGCUGGCGAUUGGACUGGCCAUUAGGGACGGGCCCGCGUCGCUGAUGUGCCCGUGUGCCGCGGAACAGGAUUCCGAGAUUAACACGCGAUCUCCUUCGGGAGAACCUUUCAAGGAUGCUCCCCUGAUACAAGAAGUCAUUGCGAAACAGACCAAUUUCCGCUCUCAUAAUACCGACACUUGCGACUGA